UGCCUAUGCCAAGUCUAAUUGAGCGGCCAGCUCAUCAGGAUGUACCUGUAGAUAGCAUUCCCCUUUACAAGGAGCCGCCCUGAUGGUGGCGCUUUUUUCACGGUCUCCUGGGUGAUCAUGAUGAUAUCAGCAACUUACUUGUUGAGUGGUCAGUCAUUUCUAGGGUUCAGACUGUGCCAAUGUUGCGAUCUUCAAUCUCUGUGACUGUGAAGAUAUUUCCCCUUCUUCUGUGCUGACGAUGUGCCUUUGAACCGUAAUGAGAGGAGACCAAUAGAAUAAUGAGAUAAGCAAUGUCUAGUCUGUCUGAAACUCAGACAAGCACUGUGAUGUCCUUAUGCGUUUGCAGGCAUUACCCAAUCUACAGCACGCAGCAUGAUGAUUUGGAAUGCCAGUGCAUUGCCGGACUACCAGUGUUGAGUUACUGUCUGACCGAGACAAAUAUCAUUGUUUCCGUUGACGGUAAUUCGGAAUACACACCGAAUUGGCGAAACGGGAUGACUUGUAUUACGUUCAUCCUUGCUCUUUUGUCGUUUGUUCCUUUUUGGGUCAAUUUUUCCAUUGUUCUUCGGUUUUUUUGUGUUCCAUCUACCAGAGGUCGAGAUCUCUUUGUAAAGUUCGCAUCACAUCCUCCCUUGUUUACACUCCCCGGACGAUACGUGUAGAUCCACGAGUACCAGUUCGAUGAGGAGGUUCUCUUCGUGACUGGAGAUCUGUGAGAGCCUAGACUGCAGGAACAAUAUGGAUCGGAGCCUGGUGGAUAUGGUCCGGACUUUUUUCGACGACACGAUAUUGAUU